AUGACUUUUUGCUCAAGAUAUCUAAAAGGCUUCGAGACAAAGUUUAAUCGCCUUGAAAGAAAUUAUGAAGAUGGCAAUAGAGAAUGUCAUGAGGCACAACUAUCUAUUUUCAGACAUAGUGGACGCGCAUUGGGUGCUGCUACCACCCGCUACCUUGAUGAACGUGAGUGGUUGCAAGCUCAUAUUUAUGUUCUAAAGAACUGUGAUGAAGUGCAACCACACAUUGAGGACUACAAUGAAUUCGUGAGAGAACCCACAAAUCACUAUGAUGAUAAAGAUUGGGAUAAGAACUUUAUCGAGUGGUUCCAAGCUCUAGUUUAUCAGAGUUAUCGAGAAGAUGAUGACUUACUUUCACUAUCUCGUGGUCCAAGUAAGAUUGUUAAAUGUUUUACUGGAUUUGUCAUAAAUGGACAUCGAUUUCAUACAGAAAGUCGAGAUAAUUGUUUGUCAACUCAAAGUAGUGGGGUUGCAGUUGUUGGUGAUGCUGGUGAUGGUGGAGAUAUAGAUUAUUAUGGUGCUUUGGUUGAAGUUGUCGAAUUAGAGUAUCCUGGUAGAAGAAAGGUUGUUCUAUUUCGUUGUAAAUGGUGGGAUGUGCACGGCAAAGGAAAAGGGACCGCUUUGAAAGAAGACAAAUAUGGAUUUAUCAGUAUUAACUGCCGACACUUGCUAAAGACGAAUGACCACUUUAUACUUGCUGGCCAAGCAUCACAAGUUUUUUAUGUUGAGGAUAUUGCCAAUGAAGGUUGGCAUGUAGUUCUUAAAGCACAACCCCGUGAUUCCUAUGAUAUGCCACCAGAUACAGAUGAUUGUGAGAUAACAGACGAUGGAGUUGAAGCUUAUUUGCAAGAUGAAUCAUUUGAUGCUCAGGCUAUUGCAUCAACAUCAUUGGAAGAUGAUUAUAUCAAUUUGAGAAGGAGUGAUAUUGAUCCAAUUAUUGUAAAUUCGGUCUCAACUUCAAAAAAGAGGAAAAAGACUCAAGCAGAGAAUUAGAACGCUUUAAUUAAAGAAUAGAACACAAAUGAUAUUGUGUUAUUGAGAUAAAAUUUAAGUUGUAUCUUCACUAUAACUAUUCCUUUUUUAGACAUAUGAUGUUCUUUUCUUCAUAUUUUGGAUGUGGCUUUGACAUUGCAGCAAGUGCUUCUA